AUGACCGGAACCGAGCGUAAAGUGUUUCAAGUAAGUUUUUUUCUUAUUUUUACAUUGAUUUUUAGGUUUUUUGGAAGGAAAGAUGUUAUAUUAAAAUGUAAUGGAGUUAAGGAUUAUGUUAUUUAUGUAGAGUUACUGAUUUUUGACUUUUAAGCCUAGAUUUAGUUAAAAUCGCUGAGGGAGACUUAUUUUCUAACCUAACUUUAUUUCAGAAAUACUAUCCACCGGAUUUCGAUCCAAACAAGCUUACCAAGGCUAAGGGAAAGAAGGGAAGUUCACAGUUCGUUCAGCGUGUGAUGGCCCCAUUCAACAUGCAGUGUAAUAAAUGUACCGAUUAUAUUUACAAAGGAAAGAAGUUUAACAUGAGAAGAGAAACAGCACAAGGUGAAGACUAUCUGGGAUUGAAGAUCUUUAGGUUUUGCUUCAGGUAA